AUGGAAGUUCCUUCGAAAAAUUUAGCAAUAGCAGGAUGCGUUAUAGCUAUUUCAGCUGGAAUUCUCGUCUACUUAUAUCAAAAGAAAAAUCAAAAAAAUGAUAUGCUUAAAGUAGAAAUUCUUUCCAAGGAAUCUUUUAUUGAAAUCUGUCAAAAAAUCAGAAAGGAGUAUUCCAACAAUUAUUGGCCAUAAAUCUUAUUAUUAAUUAACUUAUAUCUGCAUCUCGCUAGGAUAAUUCUCUAGAAAAACUGAACCUCAUAGCCAAAAAUACAAGAAAUGAAUAUUUCUUAGAUAAAAAAGCAAAUUCAGGCACUCUAUUAUUUAUAGUCUUUUGGCGUUAUUUCUAAUCGGCUCCCACGAGCUAAAAAUGGGCUUCCAUGUGGAAUUUCUGGAUUUUCACGCGUGAAAUCCAUCUUUGGCUCAUGGGAGCUGAUCAGAAAUUCAAGCAAGGGACUAUAAUUAUUAUUGGCCAGCAGUUAAGGCAUGCCGAAUCGAGCGCAGAAAAUAUCCUCCAAGAUCAGAGCAUUAUGAGCAUGCUAUAGUAAAUUUCCAAAAAAAGACCAAAGCAUUUUUGGACCAUGCCACAGAGCAUGUAACUAAAAAUUAUCGAGUUUCUCCUAAAGUUUUUGAAGACUCAGUCAAUUACUACGACUCUUUCCCAGAGAUUUCACAAUAUUCUGAAGAAAUCGUCAAGCCAGCUUAUACGGAAGACAUAAAAUUGCAUCUCACUAAAGAGCGAGUUAUUGAGUUUAUGAUGUAUUACUCGAACCGAUUUACUGAGCUUAAUGCUGAUUAUUUAGAUUUUGAUGAGUAUUUAGUCGUCACAAGCCAAAUUGAGGAUGAAAUUUACUCGAAUUAUCAAAUAGAAGUGGAAGAGCUGAAUAAUGAGUACGAAAAAUAUAAAGCUGAGCUUGAAGAUAUAGUAGAGCCAAUGAAGACUCAAACUUCAUAUAUUUUAGCUGCUGCUGAUGACUCUUUUGAGAACUAAAUCUUAGGUAAUUUAAAGCAAUUGAUAAAAAUUUUUAAUUUAAUUAAAGCUACUAUAAUGGUAAUGAUAGAUAAAAAAGCUGCCAAAAUUAUGUCAGUGAAGUAUCUUACUAUAGAUUUUUUCACUAAAUUCUGGCACUCACAUUUGUGUAAUAAUCCAUGCAGAGACUUGAAUAAAAUAUCUCUCUUAUAAGCCCAUUCGCGAUCAAAAUUUUUUUGCACAGACAAAAGGGAUGCUAGGAAAAUCUUACUUCUAUUAUAA